AUGCCCGGCACGGGGCUACGCCCAGCCUGGGAGCGCCAGGGCGACCUGAGCGACCUGGGCGAUGCGGGGUAUCAGCUCCUGGACGCCAUUGAUGCCAGAGAUAUGUCCCGGGCGCAGGGUUUGUUGAUGGCCAAGGUGGAUGUGAACCGCCAUCGAGAUCGUUACGGUCGCAGCGCCUUGCACCUGUCGGCACUGCAAGGUGUUGUGGGCCUUUGCAGGAUGCUGAUCAACCAUGGUGCCGAGCUCGAUUGCCAGGAGGCCGGCUCGGGGAACACCACGCUGCACAUGGCGGUAUUGAACUGGCAGAAUUUGAUGAUACGCGUUAUCUUAGAGGCCAAAGCUUCUCCCAACAUUGUGAACUCCAUUGGUGAAACUCCGCUGAUGUUGGCUGUGAAUGCAGGCAACAUGCAGGCAAUGCAGCUGCUACUGGACUUCGGCGCUAACGUGGACUUCACCAGCGAUGAUGGAGCAGUGGCGGAAGGAGGUUCAGUGCUUCUGCGUGCCGUCCAGCGGCAGGUUCUGUGUGAACUGGUACAGCUGCUGGUGGCAGGACGUGCUCAGUUGGAGUCCAGGGACGAUGAGAAAAACUGCCCCUUGCACAUUGCCGUCCAGAACGGAGAUCCCCGAAUCGCCCGGCUUCUGUUGGAACAGCGCUGCGACCCAGAUGCCUCCAACAUGUAUGGUCGAACGGCCAUGCAUGUGGCGGCAGCUACUGGCUCUGUGCGUUCCGUGCGGCUGCUGGCGGAGUUUCGAGCUGAUGUCAAUAAGAUCGACUGUCAGCAGACCCUUCCAAUGCAAUUAGCCAACUCCUCCUGUCAACGUGCCCUGCGCGAGCUGGGCGCCCUGGAGCCCAGCGAGGUGCCCGCCGCCGCACGGGCCGCGUCACCGGCGUCACCGGCGCGGCCUGUGAGCGGAUCAGGGUGCAGCCCGAGCAGCCCAGUGCUGGUGGAAGGUGGAGAAUGGGCCAUGGGCCCCAAAGGGGGCGGAAUCUAUCCUGCGGGACGCUUUCGUGUGGAGCAUCAGGACCUCGCUAAGCGACCCAGUCCUGAGCGCCGCCGUACUCCGGGCACACCUUCCAUGCCCGGCCGCCAUCACGGAGCCCACGGUGUCGGCGGCGGUGCCCUGAGGCCAAUGACGGGCCAACGGAGCCUCCCCGUCCUGGACACCGCUGAGGCGGGUGCCCUGAGGCGGAUGCGCAGCCUGCCACAGCUGGUGGUGGGCGGAAAGGGGCAGAAUUUGCCAAGAUUGGCGUGGCAUCCAGAUGGUUGGAGCAAGCAGGUGAGAGGAGAGACGGUGCCACUCAAGCAAUGA